AUGUCCGUCCCGGCGGAUGGCUCUCGCCCACCGGAGGAUGGCCGCGCUUCAGUUUGUGCCCGGCCUUCCUCUGCUUUCCCCAGCGGAACGGCGGCGGGCGAUACGCUCACCGACGAUGUCCUCAUAGAGAUCCUCUCGCGGGUCCCCGCCAAGUCACUCUGCCGCUUCAAGUGCGUCUCCAGCCACUGGCUCGCCCUCAUCGACCACCCGGACCACCGCAAUAAGCUCCCCCAAACCCUGGCCGGCUUCUUCUACACCAGCAGCAAAAGCAGCGUCGAACAGCUCUUCUUGGAGCUUCCAUUCCGCUUCGCCGGUGUCUCGGGGAAACGCUGCCCUCCAGUCGACACCUCUUUUUCCUUCCUGCCCAGCCAUCGGCGCGUCGAUCUACUAGACUGCUGCAAUGGCCUCCUCCUCUGUCGCUGGUACGGCGUUUCCUCUCUUGGUGAUGAGUUUUGUUACAUCGUGUGCAAUCCUGCCACGAAGGAGUGGGUUUCGUUGCCCGACCGUAGCCAUGAAAACAAGGUGGGCAUAGAGCGUCUGGGUUUCGAUCCGACCAUGUCUUCCCACUUCUAUGUGUUUGUGUUGCUAGAGAAUGUCAACUUUAACGCCUACCUUUCUGAAGUGGAAGUGUAUUCGUCGGAAACCAAGAGAUGGGUUUACAAGGAAAUUGGAUGGAACAAAAGAAUUGUGCUUCCUGCUGAGCAGUCUAGCGCUGUCUUCCUCAACGGCUGUUUGCAUUUUUACUCCUUCGGCAAAAGCACUCACAGGACUGUCUGCAUUAUGCCAAGUUCAAGAGAGGUGAUGGUAAUGUGGUUCGACUAG